AUGAGUGAUAAAAGCCCUCAAAGUACUUUGACACAAAGAAGAUCAAUUAGCCGCAAAGACUCAGAGCUACCAGAAAAGGACACUGCAGCUGACGAAGUAAUAGCAGAAAGCAAAGGACAUAUCAACGUUGUCUGCAGAUUCCGCCCUUUCAACGACAAAGAAAAGGAAUAUGGGGAAAAAACGUCAAUUGAAUUUAAUUCAGAUCAAAAAUCAGUAGCAGUGAUUGGCCACGAUACUGCUCCUUUAUUAUUUUGCUUCGACAGAGUCUUUCCAUCCAGCACACUCCAACAAGAAGUCUAUGACGCUGCUGGCAAGCCUAUAAUCGAAUCAGUUCUUGAAGGAUUCAAUGGCACCAUUUUAGCAUACGGGCAAACCUCAUCAGGCAAAACUUUUACCAUGAGCGGGCCUAGUGUUGACGACCCCCUCUACCAAGGUAUUAUUCCUCGUAUGGUAAAAACCAUUUUCCAAAACAUUGAUGAAGCCAGCGAGCAUCUUGAAUUUACCGUUAAAGUAGGCUAUUGUGAAAUUUACCUUGAAAAAAUCAGAGACCUGUUAGACCCUUCAAAAAAGUCACUUAAAAUAAUGGAAGAUAAAGUUAAAGGGAUUUUUAUUGAAGAUCUCACUGAAGAUUAUGUAUAUCAGGAAUCUGAUAUGUACCAAUUAAUGAAAUUCGGAACUAGGAAUCGAGAAGUCGCUGAAACUCAGAUGAAUGAAGUAAGCUCUAGGUCUCAUGCAAUUUUUAUGAUUACCAUAUCACAAAGCAAUACACUUGACCUUUCUGCAAAAACUGGGAAACUUUAUUUACUCCCCCCCCCCCUCCGUGAGCGAACAAAACCAUUAGAAAAAUCGCCAUUUUUUGACCAAAAACCCACCCUCCGUGAGUGAACAAAAAUAUUUUUAAUAGAAAAAAUUUUAAUGGAAAAAAAUUUUGAUAUAUAAGUGAUAAUUAGUAUAAUGAAAUCUAGAGCUAAUUCUGUUUAAUUUUAAACAAAUUGCGUUUUAAAACACAUAAAUUUUGCAAAUUAAAUUAAUAUUUGCUUCCCAAUUUUUGCAAAUUAGGAUUUUUUUAAAUUUCGAAAAAAAUAUUUUUUAUAGAGUUUAUAUAUAAAUUUUUUUUUAAAAAAAAAAAAUUAACCCCCCUCCGUGAGCGAACAAAAUUUUUUUGUUCGCUCACGGAGGGGGGGGGGGGGAGUUAGUAGAUUUAGCAGGAUCUGAAAAAAUUAGUAUCCUAUUACAAAGAUUGCGAAUUUCAUGGAUUUUUGAGUGCUAUCCUAUUUUCUUAUAAAAAAAUGAUAAAUCGGCAUUGAAAUUUUUAAUGCCUUUAGUAAGGUAUAAAACAGGAGCUGAAGGAAAAAGACUGGAUGAGCUUAAAAAAAUCAAUAGGUCUUUAUCCACCUUGGGUCUUGUAAUUUUUUCACUAACAGAUGGAAAAUCUACACAUAUUCCUUAUAGAGAUUCAAAGCUCACAAGGAUUCUUCAAGAUUCUCUUGGGGGAAACUCUAAAACAUGUUUAAUUUUGACCUGCUCGCCAUCACUUUAUAAUGAGCAAGAAACAAUAAGCACACUUAGGUUUGGAAUCAGAGCUAAAGCUAUUAAAAAUAAGCCAAAAGUGAAUAAGGAGCAUACAGUGGCUGAGCUGAAAAUUUUAUUAGCAAAAGCUAAAGAAGAAAUUAUUAAAAAAGACUCAAAAAUAACACUAUUAGAGAGACAUAUUAAAGAUAUAGGAGAAACUUUGCCAAAUCAAACGGAAGAUUCUGAAGCAUCAAAUGAGUUUUUAUAGACUUUUCCUAUGAAUAGACAUAUAAGGUGGAAAUUUAGUCGAAAAAGGAGCGUAAAGAGUCUAUUUAUCAGAAAAAAGUAUAAAAUCUGCUGAAUAUCAGGAACUUCUACAGGAAUUGGAGUUUGAAAGGCAGCAAUACUCUAAUGAAAUUGAAAAAUCUUCAAAAUACAAGCAGGAGCUGAACUCACAGACAAUAAAAAAUCAAAAUUUAGUAAAAGAGAAUGAUAUUUUGAAUGGAAAACUAAUGGCACUUGUGAUGGCUAAACAAUCGAUUGAAGACAAGCUUAGGGACUAUGAAGAUACUAUUCAGCAGCUGAGAGCCAAAAAUGAGAUGCUGGAAAACCAAAUUUUAAGCUUUACAAAUUGCAAUAUGCAGCUUGAAGAAAAAUUAUAUUCUUUGCCUUAAAUUUCUUAUUCUUAGUCCCCCAAAUUUAUUAUAAUCAUAAUUUAACUUAAAAUAUAUAACAGAAAAAGAAGCAGAAAUAAAAAAAUUAGCAAGUGAAUUGUUAUCAGUAAAAGAAAAAGAUGAAAUCAUAGCUGAUCUCAAUCGAAGAUUAAAGAGCCAAGAAGAGCAGCUUAGAGUCAAAUUAUUAACAGAAAGCAAUGGAAGAAAAAUGAAAUCCGAAUCAGUCUUAAUUUCCCAAAAAGAAAACUUAGCAGCCGAAAUUGAAGAAAAAAAUGAAACUAUUUAUAAACUUAACACAGAAAUAGAAGACCUCAAAAGAAUUCUGGAAAAAACCAAAAAAGAUCAUGAACAGGCUGAAUUUUUCGUAAAAAGCAAAAUAAAUAUAGGCAUAUCCUGUAAAUAGCCCGAUAUGGGCUAGGGAUAGAGGCCAAAACUUCCCACUUGGUUCGGCCAAAAUGAAUUGGUCGAACUAAGUGGAAGAGGCUUAUUUGCCACUUUCCACUUGGCUUGACCAGCCCAUUUUUGUCUCUAUCCCUACCCAUAUCGGGCUAUUUACAGGAUAUGCCUAUACAUUAGAGCGUAACUUAGAGUUGCUUACUUUGAUGUAUUCAAAUAUGAACACACAAAAAGCUAUGGCCAAGAUGGAAAAUGAAAUCACUGAGAAAAAAGUAAAAAGAAAAACUGAAAGAAUUGAGCAGCUUGAAAAACAGCUUACUAAGAUAAGUGAGCAGGCUCAUGGGUAUAAAUAUAAAAAUAAUGUUCUCUCAAAAGAAUUGAAUGAGAUGAAGGAUGAUUUACCAAAUCGAGCACACAAUAAAAUUAAAAAGAUGAUUAAAGGUGGGAAUACCAGAGUUUUAGGUAUAAUAUCGCCUUAUGCAUUUCAGAAUGAUGUAAUAAAAAAUAGUUAAAUUAGGUUAGGUUAUUAAAAGCCAGGCGUUAGCCAUAUUGGUGACGUAGUCACCAAAGACCUCCCGUAACAGAGAAAUAAAAAAUAGUUAA